CCCCUCCAACUCCAUCUAUCCAAACAGGGGCUAAAAGUUAUUUGAAGAACGCACGGCUCUUUGUUUUUGGCUCAUCUCAAAAUUCCUUCUCCAAUUUUGCGAAUGCUCUCAAUUUUUUUCCACCUCGCUCCUCACUUCAGCCCCAAAAUUGGCCCUCUUCAUCUUGAUUUUCUACCCUAGAUUCAAAUUAAGUUUCUCAUUCACUCUAUUGGCAACCAAGAAUACAUAAUGGAAAACAUUUCUAGCCAUGAAAACCCUAGAUUCACUCUUUUGUCAAUUUGUUUCCAUUAAAUCUUGUAUUUUUGUUUUUUUUUUUUUUUCUUUUAAUUUCGUUUCUAUUGCGUCUUUGAUUUAUGUUUUUUUUUUUCAUGGAUUCAUCUGUAGAUGGAGAAACAAAUAUUUCUAGAGAUGGGAAUCGCAAAGCAAUUGAGAGGAAAAAGUAAGAAAACAACUGAAAGUGACCAAAAGGGAGAAGCAGAGAUAUUUGUUUGAAAACAACAGCUAGUUGACAGAAGCUACAAAGUUUUUUCUAACUCCUGGUAUUUGUUUUUUUAGCUUGCUUUGACUGUGACGUGGAAAUAUUUUUUCCCCCUAAUUUCCUUGCCUUUGUUUCCUACCUUCAUGGGUGAAGAUGUGAAGGAAGGUCAAAGUCUCAGUUUUAGGUUCUAAUGAUGGUCAAUAGGUCAAAACCUUUUGAAGGUGAUUUUGCCCAAGGGAACUAGGCAAACUGUUAACGUGGUUUUUUUUGCUCAAGGCGAAAAUGUGAGGAAGCAAAAAAUGUGAGAGCAAACAUUGUUGAUGGUGAGGAUUUGAUUGAACAGAUUUAAGGAGGAUUUAUGGAAUUUGACAAGUUACUUGGUUCCCCUGAUAUGAUGAUUAAGCAUUAGCAGAAAGUUCAGAGGUUCUAGAUACUGGCAGUUAGGGAAAAUAAAGGAACAAAAUAGUUUCAGCUGAAUUAAAAGCAAACUAGAAGAGUGGUAAAGGGGAGACAAGCAAGGGAAAAUGGUACUGAGCGAAGAGUUAAUCAAACUUGGGUACCCUAUUAAGGCCUGAUUGGUAUGCAAUGCCCCUAAAAGUGUUGUUUGUCUGCCUUAGGAAACAGCUGCCAGCCAACCAGGUUUGUUAGUCCUCCACAAUUCAUAGCCAAAAAAUAAAAAUUUAGUAUGUCUACAGUGUAUAGCUUAUAGCACUUCCCAUCAGUGUAAUGGCUUUGAUCUCCACAACUAUAUCAUGUUACACUCUCUUAGGAUAUUUUAG